ACUCUUAGAAGCUCAUCGACGAACGACAGGCGACAGCAGCAGUUUCGUAUUUUCGCUUUGCCAAUUGCUAUGUUUUAAGAUUUUUGGUGAGCUCGAACACAAUGAAAUGACUUUAAAUUUGUAUACGUAAAACACAAGUUUUAUUCAAUUGCGUCUAUUUAUUUUUAAAAUUGUUUAUUUUAAGUGCCACGUUAAAGUUUAAAAUCGAGUAAGUGCCUGUGAUAAUUAUGUAAAUGUUCUACUUCAAUGUUUCUUACGUAUUAUUAUGGUAACUGAAUAUGUGUAUCAGAUAUUGAUAUAGAAAUGGAUGGGGCAAUGCACCACAUGGGUAUGGAUCAUGCCAAUCACCAUGGACACGGUAAUCAUAUGGACCACAUGAUGCCAACAGUUGACCAUGAAAUGUCUAUGAACAGUACAUUUCAGGAUGGUAUUAUAAAUGCUUUUAAUUCCAGUGAAGACAGUAUAGACUACAGAUCAGAUGUAAGAGCACAUGCACACCAAGGACACGGCAUGUCACACGGUACACACAGCUUGCAUGGAGGAGGAGGUCAUGAUAUGGCCAUGACUUUCCAUGGAGGUUAUGAUGAAGUUAUUCUCUUUUCAUGGUGGAAAGUAACAGACAUAGGCGAAUUUAUAGGAUCUUUCUUUGCAGUAUUUUUAAUGGCUAUACUUUAUGAAGGCCUUAAAUACUACAGAAAACAUCUAUUGUGGAAAACGUACACAGGGCUACAAUACUGCGCAGUAUCACCGCCAGAUAAAGGUGUUUCAAACCUUUGUACUCCAGAUGAGCCACAAGUUAUACAGCCCGUGCCCCAUGUCCUUGAAAGAAAUGUUCCUACUAUGAUGAGUACAGCACAUGCAUGGCAGACAGUGCUUCAUGGAGUGCAAGUUUUAGUAAGUUACAUGUUGAUGCUGGUAUUCAUGUCAUAUAAUACAUGGUUAUGUGCCGCCGUUGUUCUGGGAUCGGCAACUGGUUACUUCCUCUUUGGUUGGCGUGAAUCUGUUGUUGUAGACUUUACAGAGCAUUGCCACUGAUAUUGACUUAUAAUUUAUAAACCAAACUAGUAUUGUUUUUUUUUUUUUAUUCAUGUAACCACGCUAUUUGAGCUCAAAAUAUUUUACAACUACCAACUAUUGAGUAUUUUAUCAUGUUUUAAGAGGAAAGCCUUGAUUUAAGUACUUUGGGCAACAUUUAUACCAGUUAUUAUAUACUUUUUAGGAUCAUAUAUCAAUAUACUUAGGUAAUUGUAAAAAAUAUAAAGCUUUGAACAA